AUGCAUGGAGUGGAAAAUCCAUUGGGGAUUUGAAAAUUCCAUGGAAGGAGAAUUCCAAGAGUCUUUGUAAACGUUCUUCGCGAUUCGAAUCUGCAAAGUCAUACCUAGUUUUCCUUUUCUUUUCAGACGAUUAAAGCGGAGGUUUAUCUAACUUCUGUGAUCUCUCAUGGCGGGUCCCGGCUUCAUCAAUCCGGAGCUUCUUAUAUCUCAUAAAUUCCCAGAGACGACUUUCACCUACACCGAGAGAGAUGUAGCAAUUUAUGCCCUUGGUGUUGGAGCAUGCAUAGGAGACGCUGUUGAUGAGAAGGAGCUGAAAUAUGUUUAUCACAAAGAUGGGCAAUCAUUCAUCCAGGUUUUGCCCACUUUUUCUGUUGUAUUUGGUUUUCAAACACUGGAAAAAUUUCAAGAGCUGCCAGGACUUCAAUUUGAUCCUCGUCUCUUGCUGCAUGGCCAACAAUACAUAGAGAUCUACAAGCCUUGUCCUUCCAGUGGCACUAUACAAAAUAGAGCAGUGAUUUCAGGGUUACAUGACAAAGGUAAAGCAACAGUUCUUGAGAUUGACACCACUAGCUAUAAUGAGUCUGGUGAAGCACUAUGCAUGAACCGGAGCACUAUUUAUUUACGCGGUGCUGGCGGCUUCUCAAAAUCUUCUCCUCUAUAUUCAUAUUCCAAUUAUCCAGCCAACCAGAUUUCUCCUAUUAGGAUUCCAAAAUAUAAACCUUUUGUUGUGCACGAAGAUUGUACACAUCAAUCUCAGGCGUUGUUGUACAGGCUCGCUGGUGACUACAAUCCUUUACAUUCAGAUCCUACGAUUGCAAGUGUUGCUGGGUUUUCCCGCCCAAUACUACAUGGCAUGUGCACACUCGGGUUUGCAGUUAGGGCAAUUAUUAAAUGUCUUGGCAAUGGGGAUCCAACCAACGUGAAGAGCAUAUUGGGCCGUUUCCUUCUACAUGUCUACCCAGGAGAGACCUUGAUUACAGAGAUGUGGCUGGAAGGCUUGAGGGUCUUAUUCCAGACUAAGGUGAAAGAGCGGAACCGGACGGUGCUUUCUGGUUAUGUGGUUCUUGGCCGCAUGGCUUCGUCGCUGUGAAUCAUUUUGUGCAGAAUCCCUAAUGCGUUUGCAUCAGCAUCUUCAUGGCCGACUGGGACCAAGGUAUGUGUUAUCUUUUCUGGAUUUUGCAGCAAUGCUUGUGAUGAAUAUAAGGUAAAGUUGACACUAGUAACCAGCUGAAUAGCCAGAUCGGCUAGUUUCUGUGUAUUUUGAAUUUAGACGCAUGCUGGAGGUUGUAGCAAAUCUUACCUCAAUUGCAUGGUUGAUAUGUUCUCUGUCCAGAAAAAAUAAAAAAUAAAAUAAAAUUGCUAGUCUCACAAGCA